CAAUUACAAUUAGUAGUAGUAGUAGACAAAGAAGAAGAAGGGAUGAGCAGUAAUAACAAGGUCAAUGCUAUUUAUCAGGCAUUGGACAGUGAGAACUACAAGAAUGCUCUAAAGCUAUGCAAUGCUGUGCUGACAAAGAAGGACAACAAUCCAUUGGUUGUUGUAUUGAAGUCAAUUGCAAUGCAGAAGCUAGGUGAUACCGAAGAGGCCAUCAAGAACAUGGACACCGUCGCAUUCCAAGGUCACACCGAAGACAACAUCCUAUCAAACGUGCACUACUUCUAUCGAUCAGUCAAUCAAAUGGACAAGAUGUUCAAGGUAUGGGAGUCAACAUACUUGAAGCAUCCAAAGGAGUUGAAGUACUUGCAGGGAGUGUUCUUGACUUGUACAAAGAACAAUGAUCUGAAGAAUCAACAAAAGUAUGCUAUUGAGUUAUCAAGGAGUUUCCCAGAGAACAAACAUAGCUUCUGGUACUUGAUGACAACAUUGUCACAGGCCCUUGACAACCCCUCCAGCACUCUCUCCAUCCAGUUGGCUGAGAAGCUGGCCGAGAAGUUCUACUCGACCGACAAGUUCAAGACGAGCGAAGAGUCAUACAUAUAUGAGACUAUCUUGAUGCAGCAGAACAAGUACAAGGAGUGUCUAAAGGUGAUGCAGGAGAAGCUGGGAGGAUUGUAUACUUAUGCACCAGAACGUUUGAAGACUAUGGCCAAUCUUUAUAUUAAGUUGGACAUGCAUAAGGAGGCCGCAGAGAGCUUCAAGGAGAUUAUCACAAAGUAUGAACCGGACGAGUGGUCAUGCUACCUUGGUUACAUGGAUGCGAUGCAGAGUCUUGGCGAUGUGGACAAGGACGCGAUGUUCCAAUGGAUCAGAUCGAUGCAGCCAAAGGACAGUGCCAAGCCCAUCCGUGGACCAUUCAUUGCCGAGAUCGAGUUCACCAAGCGAUGUGGCCUGCCCAUCACGCCUCUGCUCAUCGAAUACUUUAAGCGAUUUGGAACGAAGCCUGUGCUCUUCUACGACUUUAAGAAGUACCUGGUCGACCUUGAGAAGACACCUGUCGAGGACAGGACCAAGCUGGUGGCCGACCUGUUGGCCUUGGUCGCGGACCACGUGCAGGACAGGAUCGCACAGCUGUCCAACGUGUACAGGAUACAGCGUGCACUGGGUCUUCAGUACAACAUGUCGGGCAAGGAGGUGGAGGCCUUGGUCUCCACAUUCCUCACAGAGUACGAGAAGAGUCGUGUGACCAACUUGGCCACACAACAGUCGUCCGAACGACUUCUGGGCGACGACCUGCUGCUUCUCAGCUACCAUCUACUCAACGACGUGUAUCAACGCGACGGCUCGCUCGACACAUUGGUACGGGCGGCAGCCAUACUCGAGUAUGGCCACAAGUCCAGCAGCAAGAACUUCCAGUUCAACCUCGCGUUGAUCAACGUGUACUUUAGACUGGGCGCCAGCUCGCGUGCGCUGGAACACAUCAAGAAGCUCACCGUCAAGAACAUCCAAUGGGACACGCUGUCCUACCUUUUCUUUGACGACGUACUUCGCACGGGCAGCUUCACUGCGAUGGCCGCAUCCUUGGACAAGUGCCACAAGUUCUACACAGAGAACCAGUCGACGCCCGACUUUAUCGCACAGAGCUACACCAACGAGUCGUACACCAAGGUGUUUGAGCUCCGCAAGUUCAUGGCCCGCAUCGUGCAUUCAUUCCAGCGCGCAUGCAACUUGACCGAGCAGCAGUUGAUGAACUUCUUUAUCGCCCACGCCAGCAAACCCGAGGACGCCCGCGCCCAGCUCAACUCAAUCCCCAAGGAGUCUUACGACGUGCCCACCGAGCAGCAGUUGCAGCAAUACACAUUCAAUCAGGAUCUGAACGUUCUGGAUCAUUGGGACUCGUCGGAGCAUCAUGGCAACACAGCCAAAAACGCCGCAGCGGUUGACUCAUUCAGCGCAUUCACGUGGAACAAUGAUCAGACUGUCGCCAAGAAUCAACUUGUGGCACGUCGUCUCAUACUCUCCCUCCUGGUCAGGUCGACCAAUCAGCUGACAUCAGAAUAUCGAUCACAGUUGGACAAGUUGAACGCAAUAUUCAAUGGGCUUGGAUGUGUACUUGCCACUGCCAAUUCAGACACAUUGUCCAUCAACAAUGACAAGGAGUUUGGACAAGCCAUCAACUCAAUCACAUCAAACAUGUUUGAGUACUACUAUCAACAGCGCACAUCAAUCAACUCUGCGCACAAACAAGAGGAUAACCAACGAGCACAGACCUUGAUGGCCACCGUCAUGUCACUCCACAAGGCCUUGAGCACCUAUAUACACCAGCAACAACAGGACAAGUCAGUUCUGGGCCGAGGAAUCAGACUAGUCAGCACAUAUCUCGAGACAACCACCUGGUUGUCAUAUGUCGUUGGUGAACUCAACAAGGUGAUGCCACCCAAGAAGCAGAAGAAGAGGGACGAGGUGCUGCUCGAGAUCAGGAAGCAGUUUGAUCAGUUCACCGCAUCAUUGCAAGCUGGUCAUAAACAGGUGUGUGACUUGGCCUCAACCUCCUCGAUCGAGCAAGGCAUUGACAAGCUUUCUGUGAAUGGUCCAACAACAAUCGAGUUGCCACCAUUCAUCAAUGUGGAAUCUGUUCAGCAAUCAUACAAGGAGAGCUCACACAACACCUACUCUGAGCUAAUGAAGUACGCUACACUGAUCAACUUC